UCCCGGCAGGUCGUGUGCCACUGCAGCCCUGGGUACACAGGUCCCCGCUGUGAUGAGUGUGCCCCCGGGUACUAUGGAGACCCACUGCAGCCUGGUGGGCGCUGCCUGCCCUGCCAGUGCCACGACAACAUAGACCUGACGGACGUGGAGGCAUGUGACCGGCGCACGGGGCAGUGCCUGCGCUGCCUGUACAACACCGCAGGGCCCCACUGUGCCGAGUGCCAGCCUGGCUACUAUGGAGAUGCCACACGGCACAGCUGCAGGCGUUGCUCCUGCAACCCCCUGGGCACUGAUGCCAGCACCUGCGGGCCCCAGCAGUGCCACUGCGACAGGCACACUGGGCAGUGCCACUGCCUGCCCCACGUGGAGGGCCAGAGUUGUGACCGCUGCAGCCCCAACUUCUGGAACCUGGCCAGUGGGCAGGGCUGCCAACCCUGUGCCUGCCACCCCCAGCACUCUCUGUCACCUGCCUGUAACCAGUUCACAGGGCAGUGCUCAUGCCGGCCGGGUUUUGGGGGCCGGACUUGUACCGACUGCCAGGAGCACCACUGGGGUGACCCACGACAGCAGUGCCGAGCCUGCGACUGCGCCCCCCGUGGCAUAGCCAGUGCCCAGUGCCACCGCAGCAGUGGCCACUGCGACUGCCGGCCUGGCAUCUCUGGAGUCCGCUGUGACCAGUGCGCCCGAGGCUUUUCUGGUACCUUUCCUGCCUGCCAGCCCUGCCAUCCCUGCUUUGGGGACUGGGACCGCGUGGUGCAGGACCUGGUUGCCCGCACCCGGGCGCUGGCGCAGCGGGUCAGCGUCCUGCAGCACACCGGGGCCACCGGCGCCUUUGAAGGCACCUUCCGUCGACUGGAGGAGAACCUGGCCACUGUGCGUGAUGUGGUGGCUGCCCGCAAUGCCACCGCUGCUAAUGCUGCUCACUUGGCCACUGAGCAGUUGAAACCUGCCGGCAGGACGGCCACUCAGGACGCCAACUUCAAUGCCAGCCAUGUGCUGAAUGCCGUGGACCGAGGUGCCCGUGCCCUCAACCACAGUCUGCAGAAACUGGAACAGCAGCUGCAUGCCCUCAAGACCUCUAAUUUCCUUGGUGCCUAUGACAGCAUUCGCCAGUCCUAUGGGGAGUCACGGGAGGCUGAGCACCAGGCAGACGCCGCCACCCGCGUUGUGCCUAGCCCUGUCAGCACCUCGGCAGCCACCCGUCACCACACUGAGCAGCUCCUGGCCAGCCAGCGGGAUGAAUUCAAUCGCCACAACGCAGCCAGUCGACGGGCACUGAUGGACCUGGCAGCGAGGGCACAGGCACUGAGCCUGCACCCACUCAAUGAGAAGGUCUGCGGUGUGGUGGGCGAUGUGCCCUGCGCUGAGAGCCCUUGUGGGGGUGCUGGAUGCCGGGAUGAGGAUGGGGGACGACGCUGUGGGGGUCUGAGCUGCGGUGGAGCCGUGUCCAAGGCUGACAGUGCGCUGGAUCGGGCACGCCAUGCCCAGGAGGAACUGCGGCAGGCUGCCAGAGACAUGGUCCAGCUGUCCCACAAGGUGGCUGAGGCCAAGGGGAAGGCGGAUGAGGCCCGAAUACGAGCGCAGGCAGCCCUGGACAAGGCGAACCAGACCAGGGCCCGUGUGGAGAGCUCCAACAAGGAGCUGCGAGAGCUAAUCAGCCAAGUCAAGGCCUUCCUGAGCCGUGAGNGGGCUGACCCGGAGAGCAUCGCGGUGGUAGCCAGCCGGGUGCUGGAGCUGUCCCUCCCCGCUGCCCCGGCGCAGAUCCACCGCCUGGCUGAGGAGAUCAAGAUGCGGGUGCGCAGCCUGGCCAGCGUGGAUGCCAUCCUGGAGCAGACGGCCGGCGACGUGCGCCAGGCUGGGCAGCUGCUGCAGGAUGCCCAGCGGGCCAGGUGA